AGACGCCUCAAUAAUAAUAUGGUUAUAAAAUUAGAAAUCUUACAAAUUCUCAAAUCUUUACAAACUAAUGUUUUAUAAGUAAGUAAUAAUCGAAAAUAGACUUGUUAUAUAAAAUACAAUAUAAGAAUUAUUAGAGAAAUUUAAUAUUUAUAAAUAAUUCAAGUUGGUUUCCCACAACAGACAUAACUUUACUGAUAUGAUAUAAUUAUAAUAUUAUUAUAACAGGGAAUUUUCGAUGACAAGGUAACUAUAGAUUAAAUAUUCACUUAUUGUUAAAGCGUUAACGUUUUUAACAAUCGACGGAGUCAACUUAUUUAACCAACAGACCUAAAGCAUGAAGGUGAAAUUUUAUUCUCCGAUUUCAGUUUUAGACUAAAUUUAUUAAUUCAAAAUAUUAAUUUAAAUAAUAUUCUAUUGGCGAAAACAAAAAAUUAUAUUUUACUACGUAAGUAUUAUUCAUAAUUCUAUUUAUUAAUUUUUCUUUGAAAUUUAUAUAUUUUUUAACUUAAAUCAUACAAAAACAGUUAUAUCCUAAAUACCUGUAUGGAUAUUAAAUACUAUAUCAAUUACAGUUCUAAUCAGAAGCAUUAGUUACUCCUUGAGACCUAGGUACUUAAUUAUGUAUUGAAAAUGUAUAGAUACUAUUUUUGUUUGUGUUAUAGUUUGAAACGUGGCUCUUUGGGCAACCCUAUAGAAUCUUAAUUAAGUACCUACUUAAUUAUUCUUAUAUGUCGAUAUCAGUCUUUGAAUGUAUUCUUUUACAAUUUAAUACCGAUAUUAUUUUUUACAUUUUAUUAUUAUAAUAAUGAAUCAAAUUUAAAUUUUGUAAAUAAUUUACAUUAUAGGUAUUACGUUACCUAAAUCAUAUGUGGCCUUAUCAUGAGUACAUAUCUUUUAAAUAUCAUCGAUCUUAAAUUUGAGUGAAAUGACUGAUGUCAAAAAAAAUUUAUUGUAGAAUAAGUACCUAUUUGAAUAAUACAAUAAUAUAUUUCCGAAACAGUAAAAGAAUAUACAUUUGUUUGUUUCUUGAAACUCGUAUUCAAAUUCUGACAUUGUAAAAACAAUCUGAGCUAAUAAAAAAAUAUACUUACAUGUAUUUAGAUGUAUUAGUCAUUUGUAUCAUGAUUUUAUCAUUUUUUCAUUUUACAAUUCAAGUAAAAAUUUUAAAACUUGUAAUGAUGCAUGAUUCUAUAGUUAAUCAUACCAAGAAUUUUUAAACAUUUUUUUUUCUAAAUGUAUUUUCGGGUUUUGAUUAAGAGUGUUAAAAAAAAAAAAGCUAUACAAAAAUUUGUUUGGUAGUUAUUACUUAAUAGUAGAUUAAUCGUGGAUAGGUAUUUCAUUAUGGAUUUUCAACAUUAGUAUGUACUAAUGAACCAUAAACUUAUUUUUGGACUAUAUACACGGUGGUAUAUACAUGGUUUAAUGAUUGCCGGUGCAGUUUUGUAAUACAAAUUUGGGGAUUUUUUCGAUAAAAAUUUUUUUAAAAUCUUUGUUUUUACCUCUCUUAAACAGUUUGAGUAAGUGUAGUGAGCGAGUAACGGCUUGGGUCUUUAGGUGUGCCCAAAGGUUGCCUUUAGGUUAUUUUCCUCUUUUUUAUCCAACAUGGUUUUGGACAACAAAUCGAGGGUGAUGAAGGAUGAGUUUUUUUUUUAAAAUAAAAUAUUUUUUACUGAAGUUAGUUGGUUUUUAAAAGAUAUACCUAAACUACCUCUUUUGUACUCAUUCCUUGUCCUAUCCAUUUAAAUUUACCUUUUUGUUUAAAAUAAUUGUAAUAAUAUUUGACAUCAAUUAUAAAAAAUUUGAAUUAAUUAUUUUUCAGAUAUUUCAUUUUGAGUUUUCAAAAUGCCUGCGAAAAAAACAAUCCUUAAUAGCCGUAGUUUUGAUGUGUUCCAGGAUAGAAAUAAGUAUUAUGAGGUAAAAGUUUUAUAAAUUACUAUAUAAUAAAACCAUUUUCAGUUUGGAACCCUUAUUUAUUCAUAUUACCUAUAGUUGAAACUAAAUUUUGUAUAGUUAUCUAUUUAUAAUAAGUUAUAAAUACUAGUAUUGGUAAUCUAUUUAUGAUCUCCCAGAUUAACUUGCUUUUAUUUAUGACUGUUUCUUAAGUAUAUAUUAAGUUAUCAAGUUUAUCAUUCGAUAUACCUACUAAUAUAUUGUAUUAAUAUUACUAUUUAUUAUUAUUAUAUAAAUAUUUUAAAUUUAUCUAUUUUGUCUACCCAUAGGAUUUGCGUCGUAAACGUAAUGAUGUUACUGUUCAACUACGAAAAACAUUACGAGAUGAACAAGUGACAAAGCAUAGAAAUAUUGUUUUAGAUAAUCAUGAUGAAGAAUUUGAAUUUAAUUUUGAUAGUGAAAUUACUUUAGAUAAUAUAAAAGAAGGUAAAAAUUAUAAUUGUAUUUAUUUUAGAAAUUACAUAAUAUUUUUUAGAUUCUAUGAUCGAAGUUUUAUUGUGUUUUUUAUGUUACAUAAUUCAAUUUUUUUUUAUUUUAUAUAAUAAAAAAUUAAAGAUUUUUUUAAGUAGUACAUUAUUUGAAAUUAAUUUCCAAUAAUUUUUCUAUAAAUUGUGUGUUGUUUUUUUAAAUUUAAAAUAGUUAUUCAGUGAGUGAAAUGUUCCAAAUUAUUUGUAUUGUACACUAAAAUAAUAAUAAUCAGAUUUUUUCCCUUGUACUUUAUUUGAGAGAAAAUAUAUAUUUAAUAGAUUUUCUAUACAAAUUUAAAAACUGACAUCAAAUUUUGAUACAGCGGCUUCUGUUUUUGUUGAUUUCUGUGUUAGCUUGGCUACAUACUACGUGUAGAAUUAUUUUUUGAUUGCUGAUUAUUAGUGCUUUCAGUACAUAUAUAAAUUAAAUUAUCAUACAUCCUAUUCUUUUCAAACUUCUCAUCUACUAUAAUAACCUACCCAUGGAGUGAAGUAACAUUAUUACACUAUACAAGCAUUUUUAAACUUUUUUAUUUAAUGAUUUUAAUUUAUUUGUAAUAAUUAAAAAUAUUUAAUUUUGUUUUUUUGUUUUUAUGAAAUUAUGAUUUUCUUUUAUUUGCAUUUAGGUUUAAUGAGUGAUUUAUUGUCCAAAAAAUUGAAUUGUUUAAGAUAUGCUCGAAAAAUGUUAAGCUCUAGGAAAUGUGCUCCGAUUGAUGAUUUUAUUAAAGCUGGUAUUUUACCGUUGGUUAUUGAUUUCUUAUCCUCAAAAUAUGAUGAUAAGUAUGAUAAUUACAUAUAAUCAAAUUCAAAGUUUUUCAUAUUAUUUAUUUUUCACAGAACUGAUUUUCAGUAUGAAUGUGCUUGGAUAUUGACUAACAUAGCAUCUGGAUCAUCUGAAAAUACAAUUUCUAUAGUAAAUGCAGGAGUAGUUCCUUUACUUAUUAAUCUACUCAAAUCUCCUGACUUGCGGGUAAUGGAACAAGCUGUGUGGGCUUUAGGAAAUAUUUCUGGCGAUGGACCCAAACUUAGAGACAUUGUAUUAUCAAAUAGAAUUGUACCAAUUUUAAAGAGCUUACUAGAAAAACCAAUAGAAGUUACUGCACAACAAAAUAUAGUAUGGACAAUAUCAAAUCUUUGUCGAAGCAAAAAUCCUCCCCCAGAUUUCACUCAAUUACUUCCGUGCGUUCCUUUGUUAGUCGACAUGCUGAAGCAUACUGAUUUUCAGGUUGUUUGUAAGUUAAUAAUGUAAUAGAUUCAUUUUUAUUAUGUAUAAAUAAAAUAAACUUUUUUUUUUUAAUUGUAUCAUGUGUAUACUAGCUAAUGCUUGCUGGGCUUUAUCAUACUUGACUGAUGGCAGUAAUGAAAAAAUACAAGUAAUUCUAGAGGCAGGUGCAUUAAAUUCCAUAUUGAAAUACUUGGAUGUUGAUGAUACCACUAUUCUUAUACCAGCACUACGAGUGGUUGGCAAUAUUGUGUCUGGAAAUGACAUUCAAGUAAGAUUUCAAAUGUUUUACGUCAAUUUGUAAUAUUAAAAUUUUGACAAAAUGAGAGCAGUUAUUUUUCAAACAUAAGUACUUAUACUGUACAAUAACAUAAAUUUUGCAUAACAAAUUGAGGAUAAAAAUGUUUUAAUUGUUAAUUCUUCUUAGCACUUUAAUACAAUGAUUUUACUAUUCCCCUUAUAUCUUUCAAAAUAUAAAAUACUUGUUUUUAUUAAUAAUGUAGUUAAUGAAAUUGUUUAACCUUAUGACUCAAAAUUCUAUUACUGUUGCAUUUUAUUAUAUUAUUUAUUAUAAAAUGUCCAGACAAAACAUGCAUUGGACCAUGGUGUACUUAAAUAUCUUCAUCGGCUCUUGUCCCAUAAACGCAUCCCUGUUGUGAAGGAUGCUGCUUGGUUAUUGUCUAAUGUUAUGGCUGGUAAUGUUGAGCAGAUUCAAUGUGCUAUUGAUCAUGACUUAUUACCAGUUUUAGUGAAUGUUCUACAACGUGUAAGUAUAAUUAUUAAAUUAGAUUCUUGAUUAGUUAGUUAUUUUGAUUUAAAUAAAAAUAAAUGUUUAAUAUAGGGCGAUAUCAAAGUACAAAAAGAAGCUGCUUGGGCAAUAAAUAAUUUAUUUAGCGGAGGUACAUUAAUGCAGAAAUCUUAUUUGCUUGGUCUUGGUGUGUUAGAACCAUAUUGUGGUUUAUUAUUAUCUCCAGAUAUAAGAAUGGUUGAAAUUAUACUAGAAGGUCUUAGUCAACUACUGGAAGUAAGAAAUAGUUUUUUUUGCUAGGAACAAAGAGUUCAUAUUUUCUCAUGAGAUUAUUUUUCAAUAUUUCAGAAAGCUAAUAUUGAUGGCACACUAAGCAAGAUUUGUAUUUUAAUUGAAGAGAUUAGUGGUUUAGAUCAUUUGGAAGCACUACAAAAUCACACAUCCCAAAAAAUUUAUGAAAUAGCAUACAAUAUAAUAGAAAAAUAUUUCCAACCAGAGGUUUUUAAAAUUAAUUAAGUUUCAACUUUUACAUAAAUUUUAAAUCUAAUACUUUAAAUCUGUUAUUUAGGAUACUAUCAACUUCGAUUUAGGAAUCAUGCCACAAGAUACAGGUCCUGGUAAUCUGUUUAUAUAAACAAUUGACAAGAGACAAUAUAACUCAAAAAAAAAAUUAAACUAAAUAUUUUAUGAAGCUGAU